GUUGGAUGUCUCGAGACCGGUCUCGAGACCACUUUUACGUGGUCUUGGUCUCGACGUACUUUGGUCUCGGUCUUGCUGUCUCAGGUCAACAUAGUGGUCGGGAGAUUUGGAGUCAACAGUAUCCAUGACACACAGCGUAACGUUCGAUAAUGUAUCAUGCGCAAAAGCUUUAGCUCUGAGAGCCGUGCUUAGAGAGUGCUUUGUAGUGAAUCAGAAUAGUCGACUCCCAUUGAGCGAGAGCCGGCUCCUCAAUUAAUUUCCUUUCGCUGCUCAGCUGUCACACAGCGACACACAGUGGCUCAGCCAUGCUCAAAUCCCUCCACAUUGUGGCAUUUUAUUAUUUCGCCUUUCGCGCCCUUCAAACACAACUAAAUGCAACCCGUUAGAUUGAGCAGUAUGCCCGGUCAGUAAGUUACAGAAAUGUCAGCGACUUCGUCUGUCAUAAAGUUUGCGUUCAUAGAACACAAAGAGUUUUUGGUAAAUGCAAAAAAGAAGCAUUCGGCAAAGUGCAGGUUUUGCAAAGUCUCCUUGACCGAGACAGCCGGGACUACCUCAACCUUCACCAGGCACCUGGAGCGCAAACACCCUCAAAGGUACUUGGAGUACAAAGCAGGAUCUGCAACAUCAGUGAUAGCGGUCAAUCCCACACAGCCUCAAUUAUCAUUGUUUGCUCCAAGCAUCCACUUAUUUUCCCCAAAUUCACCCAGGCAACAGGCCAUCACCCAGUCCAUCCUCCAGGACCUUAUAGUUGGAUGCUCUCUCCCCCUGUCUAUCGUUGAGAAUCCACAUUUUAGACACUUCCUGAAUGUCUUGGAUAGCAAAUACACUCCUGUGUCUAGAACCACCUUGACAGAGAAGCUGAUACCUCACCUUGUCACUAAAUUGAAGGGUGACAUAAUCAAAGCCCUGGAAGUCCAGCCAAAUGUAGCAAUAACAACAGACCUCUGGUCUGACCGGAGGCUUCGUACUUUCCUGGGAGUUACUGCUCAUGCUGCCUGCAAGAACAAGGACUCUUACAGUUUACAAUCAUUUUUGCUUGACUGUAGGCGUUUCACAGGGAAGCACUGCGGCGAACGAAUCGCCUCAGCAUUUGACAGAAUAGUUGAGGAGUAUGGCAUUGGCCAUAAAAUAAGCUACAUUCUGACGGAUAAUGCAUCCAAUAUGAAGCGGGCCUUUAAAGUCAGGAUGCCAGAAGUAGAGCACCCUGAAGGUGACAGCAGUGAUGACCUCGAUGAUGAAACAAUGUGGGAGGAUGCAGAAGGUUCUGAUCCAUGGUCAACGGGUGAACGUCUUUCUUGCUUCACCCACUCGCUGCAACUUGUAAUCAGUGAUGGGAUGAAAGAGGUAAAGGCAAUAGCUAGAGCCAUUGCCAAAGCCAGCAAGUUUACAAACCUGCUGCACAGCAGUAGUAACCACAAAGACUUGUUUGAGGCACACUUUGGCUCCAAUAAGUCCAUCCCAGCAGGAAACAACACCCGCUGGAAUAGCACCUACAGACAGUUAAAGGCUCUGAUCACACUUGACCACGGGGCCAUCACUGAAAUGUGCAGCAAUACAGAGAAUUUAGUGUUUUCAACCCGAGAGUGGGCUCAGCUGAAAGACCUUUGUGCUUUGCUUGAGCCUUUUUCUGAUGCAACAGACCUUACAGAAGGUGAUCAUCAGGUGACUAUUAGCAUGGUGGUCCCCACUGUUCUGGACUUGAAGAAUCAUCUUAUAAAGAUGGAAGUACAAAUGCCCCAGGCCGUAACUAUAGUCAGGGCACUGAAAAGAUCCUUAGAGAAACGGUUCUCUGGAAUUUUCAGGCAGAUUUGCAUGGACGAAAAGGAUCCAGAAGAGCCGUUUAGCCAUCGGAUCUACUUCCUUGCCACCAUGCUCGACCCCCAGUUUGGACUGACCUGGGUAGAUUUAGAUGUCCAAAAUGGUGAAACCGGACCAGCACUGAAGAGGUUCAGAGAUUACCUUAAAAAGUCAUUAAUAGGUGACUGUAUAAUAAUAAUAAUUUAUUGUUAUUGUUGUUUUUGUUGUUCCACUUAUUAUCACUGUCUUUGGUUUUAUAGCAUCAUUAGAAGCAUCCUGUCUAAUCCUGUCUUUGUGUGUGUGUGUGUGUGUGCGCACCCUUUUCCAGACCUUUUGAUCACAGAGGUAGACAGAGACGGACCUGCAGCACCAACAGAAGAAGACACAGAAUUAUCAGAUAGUGACUCAGCGCCACCCCCAAAACAACGUCUUCUUUCACACUACAAGGCAUUUAGGUUGCAACGCAGCACAAGCCAGGACUCGAGCACAAAUAAGCAAGUACCUAGACAGCAUAAAUGACUCUGACUGUGAUGCACUCACCUUUUGGUCAAAAAACAAAGAGCGUUUCCCCAGUCUACACAGUGAGGUGUGCACAUGUCUUUAUAUUGUUUGAUUACAGAAUUUUACUUAAAAUGGUGUUGUUUGACUAAAUAAAUGUGACCAUUGACUUUUAAAUAACAUCUGCAUAUCAAUUUGUGUUGACAGGCCUUAUCCGUUUUAGGGAAGUUGAUAUCAUACAGUGUAAUUUGACUAGUACUACUACAAUAGGACAUGAUGCAAUUUCAAGUUUAUAAUCUUCAGUUUGAUGUUACAAUUUUAUCUAUAUAUAAAGUGUAACUGAAACCAGUUACAUAUUUCAUAUUUUACAGUUGUUGGAGGUGAUCGCUGUUUUGUCAGAUGACUUUGGGGCCAGUCAAUACCAUCAUGUCAGCCCUUAAAAGCACACAAAAGUUAGUCUUUUUUGUCCCGGUCUUGGUCUCGUCUCGACUUGCCUGGCGAGAAGCUGAUUUUAUCUUAAUUUGUUCUUUGGAAUAUAAUGUAAAAAUAUGAAAAUCCUUUAUAUGACUCUUGCUGAAUGUGUCCACUACAUAGCAGCAGAGGGCUUUGUUUUGAAUGAAUUGAUCUUUUGUAUUAAUGAAGGCACAGGCUCUAUCCAUUUCCCUUACCCGAUGUUUCAUUCUAAAAGACACCUAUUUACGCAACCGGGAUGUGUGCGGGGGCCAAUUUCUGGCUUAUGUCUUCCACUUGCAUCACUCACUCUCUGUUGUGUGUGUGUGUGUGUGUGUGUGUGUGUGUGUAUGCUUUUCCAAAGGACAUCUAUUUGCACAGCCCCAAUGUGCGAUGGGAGGACAUCAUCGGUCUGGAGGAUGCCAAGCGAUUAGUCAAAGAGGCCGUCGUUUAUCCCAUUAAGGUGCGGCCGCUACCCGAGCAUGCUGGUAUUUCAGCU